ACCAACGCCAAAUUCCUCACCUCGAAACUUACACUGCCAAGUAAGUAACUAACUAACUCAGGCGCACACACUCAGUGGAAGUACAGACAUGUACAAGCACAGCCCGGUCACCUUCCGCGCGGGAUGUUGAACAUGGAUUUGCCAAGCGAUCCAACGGUUUCCUAGACCUCCAAGCCUCCGUCUCUUGUUCGUCCCGCCUAACCGGCUCCCCACGUCUGUUCUACCCAGCAUUGAGACUGGUGAUGGAAGAGGGUGCAUCAAUAGAUGUCAGUGCGAGAGUUGUGUUAUUCGUGGUGGUGGUUCGCUCUGAUCGGAAGUGCCGAUCUCGCAUCCUAUCAAACAGAUCACCCGGCAGCUGAAGAGGCAAUCGGUCAUAUUGGCAUCUUCUUGGCCUGGGUAUACUACCAGCAGAUGGUUUUAUCUAUCUGUCCGUCGACUGUAGCCGCAGCAUGAUAUGGCAUUGCGGUGCAUCCUCUCAUUCAGUGUACUCAAUUUGCUUGGUGAGACCAGAUUACGUGACGACGUAUGACAGUCUCAUAGCCUCAUACCCAACACAUCACUUCUGAGCUUUCUCUGCCGAAUGUUGCGCAACUCUUACCAUCGCAAAUGGAUAUUUUGGUGGUCCUCUCUUCUCCAGACUUACAUUGCAUUACUCCAAUUGGGGGACGAUCGAGCCAAUACCCACACGGUCCUUUGAGCACUUGACUUCCCGAGGCGAAUCCACCCCCAAACUGGUUACUGUUACCGCGAGGUACAGUAGCGUAGCGUAGCGAAGGUACCGAAAAUGGAUUUGUCGGUUCCAUUCGACAUGAUGUCUUGAGGUUUAUACGCUACCGUAUGGUAAGGUAUGCUAGCUAUAAAGUCCCUCUCCGUUUCAUUUAAACCCCGGCUUGUCCUGUUCCGUUCUUGUUCGUUGCUGUCUGUCUUUUACUUUUCCUCCAUCUUUGUCGUCUCUCAUACUCCACUAGCCAUCAUUCCCCAACAAACAUCCCCAGGCACACCAGACAUCUCAUCAUGACUACUUCUAACGGUGUUACCAACGGCCAAAAUGGCCAUGCCGCCGCUCCCAAGUCGCUGCCUACCGGGAUCUACGCCCCUGUCAUGACCUUCUUCGACCCUGAGACUGAGGAGCUCGACAUUCCCACCAUUAAGAAGCACGCCGUGCGAUUAGGUCAAGCUGGCCUGGCCGGUCUUGUUGCCAUGGGCUCCAAUGGCGAGGCUGUUCACUGCACACGUGAGGAGAAGAUUGCUGUCACAAAGGCUACCCGAGAGGCCCUGGAUGAGGCUGGUUUCCAAUCCGUUCCCGUUUUCCUCGGAGCCACUGAGGGCAGUGUCAAGGGCACUAUCGAGCUGAGCAAGCUGGCCGCUGAGGUUGGCGCUGCUGCCACUCUUGUUCUCCCUCCUUCUUAUUACAAGGCCCAGAUGAGUGAGGAUGCCAUUUACAACUACUUCACCGACCUUGCCGAUGCAAGCCCUAUCCCCAUCGUUCUCUACAACUAUCCUGGUGCUGUUGCUGGCCUUGACAUGGACAGCGAUCUCCUCAUCAAGCUCGGCCAGCACCCCAACAUUGUUGGCACAAAGUUUACCUGUGGAAGCACCGGUAAGCUCACCCGGGUUGCUCUCGCUACCGAUGCCAAGACCCCCUUCCAAGAAGGCUCUGGUUACCUUGCCUUCGGUGGUAUUGCCGACUUUACCAUCCAGACUCUGGUCAGCGGCGGUAGCGGAAUCAUUGCUGGUGGUGCCAACGUCAUGCCCAAGACCUGCGUCAAGGUUUGGGAUCUCUACGUUAAGGGCAAGAAGGAUGAGGCUCAAGCUCUCCAGAAGAAGCUCUCCAAGGCCGACUGGGUACUGACCAAGGCUGCCAUUGCCGGCACCAAGUCUGCUAUCCAGAGCUACUACGGCUAUGGUGGCUACCCUCGACGACCCCUGCCCCGUCUCACCCCUGAGCAAGCCAAGGGCAUUGCCGAGGGUAUCAAGGAGCUCAUGGAGAUUGAGAACUCACUAUAGUUCACGGUCGAUGUUUGAAUCUGUUGUUUGCUUGUCCAGUUGAAAGACCACUGAUAUGGAUGGGUAUGAAUUUGCAUAGCGUUGCAUUUAAUGAUUAAAAGGACCCAAUGGACUAGACAUGGAUUUGGGUAUGGGCCUGUACCGUCUGGACUUGGUCAUGAUUAUAAAAUUAUGAAUGUAAAUGAACAAAAGGCUUAAGCCGAGCUAUCAUGGUG